CCCCCCCCCCCCCCUUUUGAAAAUUUCUGGAUCCGCCACUGUACAUAUUCUUAAUCAGUGAAAUGACACUUAUAGUUAUAUCAAUGCUAGCAAGUACGAUUGUAGCGAUUGCAAUGUUUGUCAAUAUUUUGUUUGAUAAACAUAUACAGUAGGCGAACAAUGAAAGGUCAAAUCCUAUUUCAAGUAUUUUAUGUACACCCAACACAAUUAGUGUAAAUAUAUCGUCUAUUUCAUUACUUUCAAGUAACCACGGCAUAAAUUCCAUGGUCAUGAACGACAGUGCAGUCCAAAAAACCAAUAGUUAUAAAUGAUACUUUCGCAUCAUUUCCUACAAUGUUAAUAUCGUGGUGCACUAUGCACAGCAUUAAAAUGGCUGCGACAUUACACACAAAUCCAAGUGCCAAUCGAAUGACAAAAAUCCUCUUCCUCAAAAUCCCUUGACUCCAUAUGUAAUCAUCAUUUGUAUUGAUUAAAUGUUUGACGAUAUAAUAAAGGAAUGAGCAUCCAAAAUCCAAAUAAGAGUGAAACAUCAUUCAAAAACAGAUUAAUUUCCCAAGAACAAUAACCGACUGGAACAAACUACCAGAUAACAUCGUAAAUUGCACACCAGUAGACUCUUUCAAAUCUUCAAUUUCAAAACAUCAGUAUUAAAAGUCAACUAUUCACAUCAACUAAUUGUACACUUGUAAUUUUCUUUUUUUUUCUGUUUUGUAUAGUAUUAAUCUAUGUCUGGUAAAUUAUCUUCCUGUGACAUAAUAUUCAAUUAGUUGAAGGCGGUUGCUAUAUGGUAGAAGUAGAAAAAGAUAUUUUUUUAAUAAGAAGCCUGAAUAUGAAUGCAUGAAGACGGUUAUGUCUCAAAAAAGUUUCUGCAGUUAACAAUUAUGUUAUCACACUAUUUUACGCAUAUAAUAUGUCAUGUGAGCUGGGUCAGUAUAAUGUUCAUACAGGUGAAUUUAGUAACAGGUAACAAAAUUUUUAAAACUUUAAUGGAGUGUUACAGUGAAUAAGGAGCUUCCGAAAUCAGUCAUAUGUAAAUAGUCAUUGAACCAGUUAAAAAGAUUAUUUUGAAUUAAUACCGAAAGUAAAAAAAAAACAAUUAAUGCUUACCUUUCUAAGCAACUGAUGAGAUAUCGAAAACACAAAAGUAUUGAUAUCAUGGAAAAUUCUCAUUGAAACUUUUAUGUGAUUCCGUUAUAAUUCCAAAACUUUAAUUUCGUUUCUUUCAUAAAUCGAUAGUGACAAUGAAAAAUGGCUGAAGUUACUGUUAAAGACGACAACUACCUAAUUGUAGCUGCAUUAGACGUUGGAACUACAUAUUCUGGGUAUGCAUUUGCAAUGCGUGAUAAAUUGAACGCAGAUCCCUUACAUAUACUUACUAAUAUCUGGAAUGCCGGAAGCAGGCAACUCUUGUCGCUUAAAACACCAACUUGUCUCUUAUUAGAUUCAGACAUGAAUAUAAAAGCAUUUGGAUAUGAAGCAGAAAACAGAUAUUCUGAGCUUGUCGAGGAGAAUGAACAUUUGGAAUAUUAUUAUUUUCACAGAUUUAAGAUGAGUUUGUAUAACGCAAAGAAUUUAAGCAAGGAAUUGAUCAUAGAAGAUAUAACAGGAAAGAGCGCCAUGGCUUUAGACGUAUUUUCUUUGUCAAUAAAAGCUCUAAAAGACCAUUUUCUAAACAAAAUUAGAGAGCAGAUUGCUGAAAUAGAUAUUGAUGAUAUCCGUUGGGUUCUUACUGUUCCCGCCAUAUGGUCAGACGGUGCCAAGCAAUUCAUGCGAAGCAGCGCAGAAAAGGCAGGAAUACCAUCGAAUAGAUUACGAAUAGCCCUGGAACCCGAAGCAGCAUCGAUAUACUGUCAGUAUUUACCUACAGAAAAAUUGGAAGGAGCAGAAAAGGGAUUUACAGUAGCUGAUAUUGGUACUAAAUAUAUGGUUGUUGAUUUAGGAGGGGGCACAGUUGAUAUUACAGUUCAUGAAAAAAAGAAUGACGGAAGCCUUAAGGAGAUUUGCCAUGCAUCAGGAGCGGAUUAUGGUGGAACCAGUGUUGACCGCACGUUCUUCAAACUGAUAGAGAGUAUCAUUGGAACUGCAGCGAUGAAAGAGUUUAAGAGUAAAUACCUUGAAUUAUAUCUCGACCUAUCAAGAGAUUUUGAAAUAAAAAAAAGAAAUUUUGGUACUUCAGAAGAAAUAAGGAUGUUCAUCCCUUUUAUGAUAUUUGAGGAACUUUGUGAAAAACAUUUGAAUAAAAAUUUCAAAUCAGCUAUCGAAUCGUCCAAGUUUAGUACAGAUAUUGCGACCAGAUAUGGCAAUAUACGUAUUAAGGAAGAUACUUUUAUUUCCGUAUUUCAGCAAACCAUCGUUGGUAUAACCAAAUUAAUUGGUGAAAUAUUGAAUAAAAAAGGUGUUGAUGGACUUUCACAAAUUAUUCUUGUUGGUGGAUUUUCGGAGUGUACGUUAGUUAAAAAAGAAAUAAAAUCUACAUUUCCAGAUAAGAAAGUAAUUGUUCCGAUAGAUAGUGGAAUGGCGGUUUUGAAAGGAGCCGUAAUAUUUGGCAAUAAACCAGGCGCAAUUUCGGAAAGAAUUGCUAAAUGCACAUAUGGAUUCAGUAAACGAAAAAAGUUUGACCCACAGAAACAUGAUCGUAGUCAUUUAGAAAUAGUGGACGGAAAAGACAAAUGCAGUCAUGUAUUCGAUCCAAUUGUGAAACGCAAUGAAAUUCUACCUUUAGGCAAAGAAGUUAUUUCCACUGCAAAAUUGAAACCAGAAAACAAUGGAUUGUUUACACUUCUUAUCUAUCAAACAGAAAAGGAUAACCCGGUGUAUACAGAUGAAGAUGAUUGUUCGGUAUUAGGAACAAUAACAGAGCAGAUAUCAGACACUGGAACAUCCGACAAAAUUAAAGUCAAGUUGAUUUUCGGCGAAACUGAGAUUAGAAUUAAAAUCAAGGAAAGAGCAACACAUAAAGAGUGGAACGGAAAAAUAGAAAUGAUAUAACCAACAAAAUGCAAUACUCUUCUUCUAUACAGGAAGUAACAAGGCAGCUGAUACUUUUAUUAAUAGAAUUAGAAUGUUCGAUCUUUUAAAGAAGAUCCCAACAGAUGUUAUAUUCAUUUUUAUGAGCAUUGAAUUUUUCUUAAAGUUUGCAUACAUAAUUAUACUUUCCGCUGGCGCUUAUCAAAAUUAAAGUCGCAAUUAUCAUGUUUCAA